GAAUUCAAGUAUCCUGACAAUUCUUCUUCUGCUUGAGUUUUCUUCAUCAUCAAGGAAAUCCCUAAAUCGAUUAUAUUUAUCAUUAGCAUCAGUUUGAUUUCGAGCUUCACACAAUUUUAUUGCGGGGUCAUUAAUCCAGAGUUUUGAAUACAGAAAAUGGAUGCAAAAGCAUUGGCAAAGUCGAAGAGAGCUCAUUCUUUACAUCUUAAUAAGAAGCAUAAUCUACAUCACGCAUCUAAGGGUUCUUCUGCUGUUUCUGGCACCUCUGCUGGUGAUAAGAAGGUUUCUGUUAAGCAAGUUAAGGAAAAGCCUAAACCGAAGCUCCCCUCGAAUUGGGAUCGAUAUGAAGAACAACAUUCUGAUUCUGAAACUGCGACCCAGGAAGGCACAAGUAACACAAGUGAUGUGGUCGAGCCUAAAAGUAAAGGAGCAGAUUAUGCAUACUUGCUUUCGGAGGCUAAGGCUCAGUUUCAGUAUUCUUCAGAGAAUGUUUCUUUUUGUGAUGAUAUUUUAGAUGACUUUUAUCAGGGCCUAGGAGCAUUACUCUCUGCAAAAGGGCAAAGCAAGUUAUCGUGGAUAGCAGAAGACAAUUUUGCAAUGGAAGAUAAGGCACCUCCUCCCACUAAGGCAUCAUUUCUUUCACUUGAUCUGCAAGCUCUUUCAGAGCAGGUUGAAAGAGCAAGUCUACAAGAGAGGCUUUUCAUUGAACCAGAUCUACUUCCUUUGGUACUGAGCGCUGAGGAGUCGCAACCAGCAGCUAAAGAGAAACAUGACAACGUUCUAACUUCAAACAAUAGUUCAACAGCCGAAAUAGACUCCAAUUCAUUAACCUCCACUAGUGUCUACAAAAGCAACGAAAACAGGCAUCAACAUUCUGAAUUCUCGUCUGCAUUUAAGGCAGCAGCUGCAGAAGCAGAGCUGGACAUGCUUCUUGAUUCAGUCACUGAGAUUGGAAUUUUUGAGUCCACAAUUGUAACUGACCAGUCUAUUCGUCCUUACCCCGUGACACAAGCAGAAACACCAACUCCAUUAUCAGAAGGGACUUCAUCUAUGCAGGAGGUCUCCACCCAGCCCAAGAGAGGCCGUGAUCUGGCCAAACCUGCCAUAUCAGAUAUCAGUUUGGACGAUACACUGGAUGACCUUCUCAAAGAAACAUCCACUGUGACUAACAAAAACGACCAUUCGCUACCUAAUGAGGUAAACUCCAUUGCUGGUCAUACAUCCUUUGCUUCUCAACCUGUCUCCAAGUCUCAAAUUAUCGAUGAUUUUGAUUCAUGGUUUGACGCAUUGUAACUGAACCCAAGAUUGGGAAGUUAUUUUUCCAUGUUAAACUCCAAAGCGCAGCACAAAUUAUCUAAUUCUGACUGUUAGCCUUCUACA